UGCAACUUCAACUGUAAAUAGAUAAAGUUGGUCGCCAACCUGGGGAGUAUACUUACCAGCGCCAUGGAGAGGUGAAGAAGCAUCAGGGAACCUGACGGCAGCUUCGGCGCUGACAUUUAGACUUCAUGGAACUAGACUGUGCACAUUUAUUUUAUUAACUGAGAGGAAAGUUACGUGAGAAUAUACAAUGAUUAUAAAUGGAAGCUAUUUGAACAGUUCUUCGCAGGACCUUAACGAGCAAACUCUGAAUAGACCUCCGUGGGUCACUACAACUUUGGGCUGCUUCUUGAUAUUCACGAUAGUGGUUGAUAUCCUGGGGAACCUUCUGGUGAUUUUCUCGGUCUACAGAAACAAGAAGCUGAGAAACGCAGGUAACAUCUUUGUGGUGAGCCUGGCAGUGGCAGACCUUGUGGUGGCCAUCUACCCCUACCCACUGGUGCUGACGUCCAUCUUCCACAACGGAUGGAACCUGGGCUACAUGCACUGCCAGAUCAGUGGCUUCCUGAUGGGCGUGAGCGUCAUCGGCUCCAUCUUCAACAUCACCGGCAUCGCCAUCAACCGCUACUGCUACAUCUGCCACAGCCUCAAGUACGACAAGCUGUACAGCGACAAGAACUCUGUGUGCUACGUGCUGCUCAUCUGGGCACUGACGGUGGUGGCCAUCGUGCCCAACCUGUUUGUGGGCUCGCUGCAGUACGACCCGCGCGUCUACUCAUGCACCUUCGAGCAGUCGGCCAGCUCGGCGUACACCAUCGCCGUGGUCUUCUUCCACUUCAUCCUGCCCAUCAUGAUCGUGUCCUACUGCUACCUGCGCAUCUGGAUCCUGGUCAUUCAGGUGCGGCGGCGCGUCAAGCCUGACAACCGGCCCAAGCUGACGCCGCAUGACGUGCGUAACUUCAUCACCAUGUUUGUGGUGUUCGUACUGUUCGCUGUCUGCUGGGCACCGCUCAACUUCAUCGGCCUGGCGGUGGCCAUCGACCCGGUCACUGUGGUGCCGCUUAUUCCUGAGUGGCUCUUCGUUGCCAGCUACUUCAUGGCCUACUUCAACAGCUGCCUUAACGCCAUUGUCUACGGCGUGCUCAACCAGAAUUUCCGACGUGAGUACAAACGCAUCGUGGUAUCGGUGUGCACGGCGCGCAUAUUCUUCCAGGACAGUUCCAACGACGCGGCCGAGAGGCUCAAGAGCAAACCCUCGCCCCUCAUGACCAACAACAACCAGGUCAAAGUGGACUCGGUCUGAGGGAACUAAACGAGGAAAACCAAAAUGGACAACGGGGUGGGCAGAGUUAAGAGAAACAAAAGUGCAGUACGGACAAAAGAUGGUUCAUCAAGAAACAAGAAAAAAUAGAUCUGAGCGAACAAACAAGCAAAGGAUGUAGAUGAUGCAUACCAAAUACACACAAAAACUGAACAAACUGACAGAAAACAAGCAGCUUCCACUCUUACUGUGCUCUCUAUGCCUCUAUACAAUCAAUGAUAAAACAGGGGGAAUGAAUCACAUCAUUUACCAAGCACUUUCAUUUUGUCUGUUGCUUAUAAAUAUAUAUAUAUAUAUAAUAUAUAUAUUAAUUUUUAUUUUUCAUUUUGUUGUUUUAAGGUACCUGAAAAGUUGUAUGAUGUAUUUUUUGCUUCAGUGUUUACAGUGAUUAUAUAUAUGUAUAUAUAUAUAUAUAUAAAAAGUCUAUGUAAGUGGUAUUAUGCAUUUAUUUUAUAUUAAGUAUGUAUAGAUCAACAUAAGAAUAUAUAAAUAUGAUAUAUAUCUAUGAAAAGAAAAAUUUCAUUUCACUUGCUGUGACUAUUCAAUGGAGGGUGAAGAUGAAAAACCUUUAUUAGUCCAAUGCCAUGAAAAAACCCAGCUACUUUCUACAAAUGCCUGGUCAGAACCAUGUACCAUAUAACCAAAAGAGAUUUGCUCUGAAGCUGUUAACAGUUUCGAAGAAACAACCUCAAGCGGUGGACACUGUUCCACUGCCCACGGAGGAAGCAAUGUGUCCAAGUCACUACCCUGUCCACACCCUGCAAAAACUGUCCCCAACACUGUGGAAGACACGUCUGCCUAUACAGGAAAUGUCUCUCCUCUCUCUCUCCCUCUCUAUCUCUCUCUCACUUUUUCUCUCUCUCUUUCUCUAUCUCUCUCUCUGUUUCUCAUUCUCUUCCCCCCUCCUCUCCCACCCCUCCUCUGUCACCUUUUUCUAUCUCUCUCCACCUCAUCAGUUUUUCAGCGUCUCAUGUGCAUGGAACUGACGACUCGUUGCAUAUGCAAAAUAA